UUCCUUUGCUUUUUCCACACUUGCCCAAACGCACCGAGGAGACCUAAGAUGUGUUUAGAAAUUUUGGAAGAUAAGCAUAAAGGACUGGGAAGACACUGAAGAUUCGUCUUUGUGAUACUCGAGGUAUAGAGGGAGACUUUGCUGUUGACACCCAAGAGAUGACCCACAUCCUAAACAACAACAUACCAGACAUUUACCAGUUUUCAGAAAAUUGUGAAUUUAAAGGAAAAAUGAAUCAAAACCGUAGACUUUUGAACAGCGGUAGGAAGGGGACUAAACCUACAAUAACAGAAAUGUCUGAUCCGGUGUACCUGGACAAGCCAUGGAGAAAGUUUCCGGAGUUUGAUGCAGAGACACUGAAACAAUUAAAGGGAGACAUUUUGAAUUACCAGCCGGAAAGAAGCAGCGUAUCUACAGCAAAUAUCCUCCUGGUUGGUCAGAUUGGAGCGGGAAAAUCCAGCUUUUUUAAUUCUGUAAACUCAAUUUUUCGCGGAAAAAUCACGGGCAAAGCUCGAAGUGGAAGCUUUGAACACAGUCUUACAAUUGCAUUUCGGAAGUAUAGCAUAAAGGACUAUAGUUCUGGGAAGACACUGAAGAUUCGUCUUUGUGAUACUCGGGGUAUAGAGGAAGACUUUGCUGUAGACACCCAAGAGAUGACCUACAUCCUAAACGGCAACAUACCAGACAGAUACCAAUUCAACCCAACCUUACCUUUCACACCAAAAACGCCUGGGUUCAUAGAGAGUCCACAGCUCAAAGACAAGAUUCACUGCGUGGCGUUUGUUGUUGACGGAAGCACCAUUGAACUUAUUCCCGAAAAGACCCGGGAACAGUUGAAAGAUCUUCAGAGUCUCAUGAACCGUAAAGGUAUUCCUCAGGUUGUGUAUGUGACAAAGCUGGACAAAGUCUGUCCCGCCGUACACAAAGAUCCCACCGGCAUGUUUCACAGCAAAGCAGUCCAUGACGCCGUGGAGAAAGCAGCUGUUGUCAUGGGUCUGCCUCGUUGUUACGUCUAUCCAAUCAUAAAUUAUGAGAGUGAGACCUCGUUGGAACCCAAUUUUGAUAUUCUAUUCCUGAAUGCCCUGAAGCAGACGACUGAUUUUGCCAACGAUUACAUAGAGGACGAGGAUGACAAGAUGGCGAAACCUACCUAUCAGUACUGUUCUAUACUGUAAGAAUUGUCUUUCUUUCAGUUAGCUGUUUAAGCGGAUGUUUUAGAAGUAAAUUUACAACCGAUUUCAUGUUCACCUUAUCUUUUCGUAAUUAAUUUCUCUAGAAAAAAAAUACACUCAUUUUAGUUUGUAAAUGAGAUAUCAUAAUAAUGAUCAUAAUAAUGAAAACUGCUGUUACAUAUGAGAUUUGUGUACACUUGUAUUUCAUUAAAUUACGUUUUAA